CAUUGCCAUUGCUUCUUCCAGCUACCCAAAGCCACCAAUAAAUACUCAAAAAAACUACCACGAUGCUACACUCUCACUUUCCACUCAAAUCAUAACAAACUCUACCUAACAGAAAACGGUUUUCAACAAUGACUCUCUCUUCUCACCGCCUCCUCCCACAUUCUCUCUCCUUCACCACCACUGCUCCCACCACCUUCUUUCCAACUCCAAACCAAACUCCGAAACUCAACUCCUUCGGACUUCACCACUUCAGAUCCUUCACAACACGAAAUAUCCACCCGUUUCAUCUCAAAGCCAUCAAAUCCAAAGGUGAUAUGCAGAAACGUGUCAUCAGCAGCAAUCUCAAUUUCGACUCUCUUCUUUCAGCGAUGGAAUUAUCAUGCUUGAUUUCAUCUGCGAUUGUAUCGCUAGUUUUGGUGGGAAAUGGAUCAAAGAAUUGGUUGUUGAAUGUGAGUGGUAACAGAAUCAGUGUUGUAUGGGGCGUUUUGACACUGGUGACUGGUGUUGUAGUUGGUGCAUGGAUUCGGACGCGGCAAUGGAGGAGAAUCAGUAAAGAGAAUAUGAAAGGUGGAUUGGUGGAGAGGAUUGAGAAAUUGGAGAAAGAAUUGAGGAGCCAUGUGAGAGUUAUUAGAAUUUUGUCGAGGCAUGCUGAGAAAUUGGGGAAAAGGAUUCGUGGUAGUUGCUACGCUUUGAAGGAUCACAUCACUCAGUCUGCGGCUCCGGCACAGAAGAACUCUGAGGCUACAAGAGCUCUAGCAAUGCAAUCUGAAAUAUUGGAGAAGGAGCUUCGUGAAAUUCAAAAAGUUUUACUCGCAAUGCAGGAACAACAGCAAAAACAACUUGAUCUGAUUCUCUCACUUGGGAAGUCUGGUAAGCUGUGGGAAAACCAAUUCCAAACUCGUGGAGAGCAAGAUACAUUAUAAACUACAAAUUCAGCUGAGGAGGAAGUAAAGCAUGUGGAAGACUACCCAAUCUGAAGCUUGGGUUGAGUCAAGGGUGGAAAAUUCAUGAAAUUUCUAAGUGGCAAAUCUUGGUGCCAUAUUCUUUCUUUCUGUGUACAUUGAAUUGUUGAUAACUAAUUUUUUUUCUCCCUGAGUUCAUAAUGUUUGCUGUGGAUAUAGGUUAGGAGAAAUUACUAGUAACAAUUGGUUAGGACAGUAUCAAUUGGUUCUUUACGCAUUGGCUUCUGAGUCAAGUUUUGUAAAUUUCAGCUUCAAAAUUCAUUCUAAAAACUCAUGUUGUGUGGCUGACACCUAUUGCCAAUAAUAUGAGCCCCGUUUACACUAAUUUUCAA